AGCUGUGAUCACCAAACUUGUAUUUUCUGUCGGAGUUUGUAGGAAAUGGCAGCAGCAACUAUUUCUUUUGAACAAGACCAAUUUUGUUGUUCAGUUUGCCUGGAGAUUUUGAGAGAUCCGGUCACAAUCCCCUGUGGACACAGUUAUUGUUUCGACUGUAUUGAAGACCACUGGAACCGGACCAAGCAGAAAGACCAGUACAGCUGUCCUCAAUGCAGGAAGGUGUUUAAUCCAAGACCUCUGCUGAGUAGAAACACAGUUUUGGGUGAAGUAGUGGAAAAGUUUCAGCAAACAGGAUUUCAGGCUGCAGCUCAGCACUUGGCGAAACCUGAGGAAGUGAAAUGCAGUGCUUGUACGGGGAGAAAGAGCAAAGCUGUCAAAUCCUGUCUUGUGUGCUUGGAGUCUUACUGUGUGGCUCACUUAAGAGUCCACGAAGAACGCUUUCAUGGAAAGGUCCAUAAACUGAUCCCACCUUCAGAUCAGCUUAGAGAGAAGCGCUCCCACAGUGUGAAAGAGAGACACAAGGGCCAUGACGCAGUCUCAGAUGAGAGGACAACACAACAGAUGGGCACAAUAUACAACCUACUUGAGCAGCACAGGCUGGAGUCCUACUACAAUCAGUUUCUUCAGUUGGGUGUUAAAGAUGAAAGAGAUUUCCUGGAUGGUGUGACAGUUGAAGAUCUAAACAACUUAGGUUUAAGUCAUGUGGAAAAGAACCGUUUUUCAGCUAUGAAAAACUUCAUUCAGAGACUCAGAGUUCCAGAGCAUCACGUUCAAACUGUUAAAUCUCUGCAAAAAUCAAUGGAGGUGUUCUCUCUGCAGUACACAUACCCCAAAUGUCCUCAACCAAAACUUAUUAAAGAUAUCGAUCCAGCGCAAAACACAAUCGAAGACCUGAUGUUAAGGAUCUGUUAUCUUGAAAAUGUUGGCAGCACCAAAGGAGUCUGUCUCUACACAAUUGAUGGGAUGCCCUUGACAGAUGAUCCCUUCUUCAACACAUGGUCUUUGAAAGACAGGCACAUUCAAAGUGGAGCUGUGAUCUAUGCCAUAUUUACACGAAAGGAAAACCUGGAAUAUGCCCCUCAAAUGCCAAAGCAAGAGUUUGGUAAAACCUUUGGAGAGGACACCAUUCGAUGCCACAUCAUGCUCAAGGGAGACUUCGACCUGAUGGUGAACUUACAAACCGACACUUUAACCAGUCUGAGGCUCAAGUUGGCAAAUGAAAGUGGAAUCCCAGCACAUGUCCUUCAGUACAAAGGACAACGCUAUCGCGGUGACACACUACAAAGCUGUGGAAUCUCUGGGGGGUCAACAGUUGCCUUCUCUUUAUCCACGUUUUGUGAUGAGGAUCCAUACAGUGAGACUUUCUUCAUUAAUGACGUUGUGCCGUCAGUCCAACAGACCCAGAAAGGAAUCAGUGUGUUCCUAUCCUCACUUUAUGCUGUUAAAAAGCACCAUUCCAACAUAAAACAAAAUAAAUUGAUUGCCUCCGUAAGAAAACUGACUGGAUGUAACCCUCUGGCCCAAAGUUUGCACCAGUUACUCUGCAGGAAUGAAAAGAUGACAAGGAUCCAGAAGAUUGCAGUUUUUGAAGGCUUGUACAUGCUCUUCAGAGAGCUUUUGCCCCAACAUGGAUCUGAACGAGGGGAAAAAGUCAUCAAGGACCUGGAUGUCUUUGAGAAUUCAUUGUACUGCUGGGCAUAUCUUCUUUCAAAAGCAAAGAAACAGGCAUCAGCCCAUGAGAACUACGCACUUAUCACUCUUACAUCUGAAGAUAACAGCCGUUUCUGUGAACCAGUUAGAGUACCUGGAGUGCCAGGUACCUUUGAACGAGCGUAUGUUCUCCAGAAAAUCAAAGGAAACUGA